CUGCUGAACUUCCUCGUCCUGCAGAAGGAGGAUGGAGGAGGCGUGACGUCGCUGUCCGCAGACAGGCCCAUACAGCAGGGUGAGCGAGGAGGGGACGGACGCUACAUGCUGCCGCAGAGCACACGGGGCAACCGAGGCUCAAAACAAACCCAGACAACUUAGCAGGAACGGUGAGGCGGCCAUAGUAAUGCGGCAUCGCCCGCGAACCCCGCUGAUGUGACUGCGUGCCCGCUAGGAGCAGCAGGGAGGAAGCGGCGGACGCCACCACCUCUUCUACCGCGGCGGGGUCGCUCUCUCUGUCUGUCUGGAAGGGGACAUGUCCUCACUAACCGUAGAGGAGGACCAGAAGUGGCUACCGACUCACGUCCAGGUGACGGUGCUGAAAGGUAAGGGCUUGCGGGGCAAAGGCAAACACGGCACCAGCGAUGUUUACACCAUCAUCCAGCUGGGGAAGGAGAAGUACUCCACCGGCGUGGCGGAGAAGACCACCGAGCCGGAGUGGAGGGAGGAGUGCUCGUUCGAGCUGCAGCCCGGCGUGCUGGAGAACGGUGAGCGGAGCGGAUACCCGGCCGGGAGCAACGAGCUAAUCCUGAUCGUGAUGCACCGGGCGCUGAUCGGACUGGACGCCUUCCUCGGACAGGCUGUGAUCCAGCUGGAUAAACUAUUUCAUGAGAGCAGAUACGUAAAAAACGAAUGGUAUAGACUCAACUCUAAGACGGGAAAAAAGGAGAAGGAGAGGGGAGACAUUCAAGUCACUAUCCAGUUCACCCGAAACAACCUGACGGCCAGCAUGUAUGACCUGGUCAUGAAGGACAAGGGAGCCUCCACCUUCAGCAAACUUAAGGAGCGCAUGAAGGGGAAGAGGAGAUCUAGUGACGAGGACUCUUCCUCCACUGUCGUGCCAGCUGGAAACAGCUCCCUGUACCAUAUGCGCCAAAGACUGCCAAGUGAUGGAGGAGGAGAGGAGGACUAUGAGGAUGACGAGGGGGGCGAAGUCCGACGGAGCAAGAUGAGGACCUUCUUUCUGCGGGGGAAGUUGCGAAAGUCAUCAGACACACGCUCCAGCACCUCUCUGGGCUCUGAGAGCAGCGAGUCAUCGUCACGAGGCGGGAGCCUCAGUCCAACAGCCGGUAUCAGCGUGGUGGUGUCUGACCUGUCCAACUCCCCCAGUAACAGCAGCAACUUAACUGCAGACAACAGUCCAGAACAUACAGCAAAUGUGUCGCCCAAGUCGUCCUCUCUCAAAUGUGAGUUUGGUGAUGAAGCUGGUGAAAUCACUAUUGCAGUGCCUCAGCCGACUGUUUGUGUUAACGGAAGCCAAGCAUACAAAAUCCAGGCCCAGGAUCCAGGCUCAGGAAAAUCGUCAGGUUCUUUAGGCCUGGGACUGUUGCAGAAGUCCAUGCCCCACUCUGUUUCUCUACAGAACCUCAGCACGAGGCCCUUCACGGACCUACCUAAAGGCCUCAUGGGAGACGGCCGUCGUUGGUCUUUUGACAGGGCUGGCGUGGAGGAGAAAGCUGCAAUUGCAGCUUCCCUGGAGAGGAGCGGCCCCAAGCUGGGUGAAGACGAGGAGCGGCCAGAACAGGCAUCACUGCCGAAAGCUUCUAAGGCGGAGUCGGAGAAUCGGGUGAAAAAACAGAGGAAGAACUUGUUCUCACAUGGGCGGAGUGAGUCUGCAGAAAAGGGUCAGAGUCAGUCCAAGGACGAGUCUGAACAAACCUCUUCUGCCACCGAGGAGAAACACAGGGCUUGGUUUGGAUCAAAGGACUCACACAACAAACCCAGCCUGGUGGUCUACCCUAAAUUAGAGCUGAGCACUGACCCCCACCCACCACCUCUUCCACUUAGUCACCCCCCCUUGGGUGUCCCUGUUGAUCCAACCUCUUUGGUUUCCACACUGCACCACACUAACCCCUUUUGCCGCUCACAGACUACACCACAUCCUGUAUCCCAGUGCAACCCUUUCUACUCCCUCCUACAGCACAACCCCUUCUUUACAGAUAUGUUAACUAAUCAGCCACUAAAGUCUGCGCUGCCUCCUUUGCCUUAUCUUUCCAGCUCCCGGCCCCCGAUAACUGAUCUUUUUCCACAGUCAAGUAAUCCUAACCUGACCCAAGAUAACCCAGCAGUAGAGGACACCGUCACUGGCACUGACACCAAAGGCGAUCUUGGGAAAAGACCUCUCCCACCAGUUCCCAAGGAGAUAAAGGAACCAUCCAAGAAUCAUUCAAAGCCCUUUGUGUCUGCUGAAGAGCUUGGACUGGACCCAGAGUGGGAUGAAUCCUUUGAAGUAUUUGCAGCAGGCAGGCUGCAGUCUCCCGAGGAUCUCGCCAUGGAAGGCAAAACGCAGCUAAAUACAGUCAGUGACCAUCCACUGGAACACAACCGUAAUAAAGGUGAAUUACAACCAGUCCCAGAUGCUGAUGAGCACAGAAAUGUUGAUGACGCUCUAUAUAACCAGCCUGGGGGCAGACUUUUAUCCGCAGCACUUUCAUUUCCUGGCCAGAUGAAGAACAAUAACACGCUUCACAUCGACACUUUCCCACAAUUCCUUGAAACGAUCCCAGAACAUAGAAGCUUUGACAGUGAUGACUCAAACACUCCCACUAACUCUCCUGAACUGUGUGAUUUCAAUGUAACUCAACCAAACAGCAACACUACUAACGAUUUCACUGACACUAACAUUAAUGCAGCGCCCUUUCACAUCUCACCUGCACAAAUCAACAACAACAGCAGCUCUCCAGACCCCAGCUCCUCGGGUCUUGGCAGUUCGACUGAAGAUGAUGGCCUCUCCUGUUUUUCAUCUCAGUCUGAGAAAUUCUCCGCGUUGUCCUCCGAGGAAUCUGAAAGCGUCGUCCUCCGCUUCAACAAUUCGUCUGACUCCGCUGUGGUAAAAAACGGAAAAACCUCUGAGUCUGGAGACAGCAUCGCUGACAAGUCAGCUGACCUGUCUUUAUUUGUUGAUGCCCAUCAAACUGUCAUUCAGCCAGAGGACAGUUAUGGCGAAAAGGUUGGUUGGAGCUUUUUCGCUGAGUCGCUUCAGAUUCUGCCACUUACUCUAAUGCCAUCGGAAACGGAAAAAGGAAGUGAACGUGGAGAUACUCAAUCACUUAAAACUUCCAAUGUGAACCCUGAUCUGUUGUCAACACUACAACCAACAUCCAUUUUGUCUCAGCAAUCAAACAACUGUAAAGAUUUCACUGUAGAUCCAUUUGGUGAUUUCAACACUUAUUUUAAGAAUAGGGCUGCAGAAGAAGUGGUUCCUGGGUUUCCAGAUGAGGAAUUCUCUUCCACACUACCAUCAGUACACAUCACAACCUCAUCCCCUGAAGUUAAGCAGAAUUUGUUGGAUCUGUCCAAUGAGAAGAAUGGUUCCAAGGAGCAGGAAGCUCACCCAGACAAACAUGUGGGAUUUGGGAUUUUUGAUGAUUCCUUCAAUUUAAGUCGCAUUACAAGCAGUCCUAACCAAGACUUUGACUGCACUUUGUUGCAUGCACAGACCUCUGAUCAGAGUAGCAACAGCUUACUCCAUAGCCUUUAUGUCAGCGCUGACUCGCAGGAUUACCUAACCUGUGAUUCUCGCAUGUUCUCCAAAGAGUCCAGCAUCUCAGAGCUGAACCAAACACUAUACUCUGCUAACUCAACUCUCUGUGGUGAAAUGAGCAACGUUCAGGCCGUCCCUGGUGAUCUUCUGUGGAUGGAUCAUACAAAUCUAGUCCAGUCAUCAAACUUUGAGAUCAACCAGAAUGGAAAAUGUAAAGAAUCCCUCAAUGGGGAUCAAGGCAGUGUGGUAAAUCUUGAGACAAGCCUCCCAGUGGGGGAUGGAUUACAAGUUCUGCCUGCCCCUCUGCUGGGCAUGAGCUGUAAUCCAAAGAUCCUCGGUGAAGUAGCGGAGGGAAAUCCGCAUGACGUCGUCUUGAAAUGUCCACAGGAACAGCAUGCUACACUACAGCGCUCCCAUUCUGAGGGGACGCUAACACCUGGCUUUGACCAACUCCUCCUACCCUCUUUUGGGAGUGAUCCCUGCACAAUACAGGAAUCCUCCUUAGCUCAGCUAGGACCUGACUUCCCCUUCCCUAACUCCUUUGCUCCUUCUCUAACUCCUGAAAGCAGUAGCUCCCAUGUACCGCUCUCCACCCUCUCUCCCCAUGCUAGCAUUUCAGCGACAGUGCCACCCAGCUCAGGGCACAGUGCCGCAUCAAAGCCAGAGCCUGACGUGACCGCGCAGCAGCAAGCGGCCAAUCAGCUGAGCAGCCCCCACCCAGUGAAGCCACUGACAACUGCCAUGCUAGCUGAGGAGAAGAGGUCAGUGCUGGCCACCCGCCUGGAGAAGCUCAAGUCCACCAUCCAUCCGGGGAGAAGCAGCCAGAUCACGGAGCAGGUGGCAGACAGACGGAAGUCUCUGACAGAAGGAGCCGGCUCGUACUACCACCUGACUCACAGCGAACUGGUCGCCCUGCUAGUUCAACGCGAGGCUGAGCUGGAGAGGCAAAACGCUGAGUUGGAGCGUCAGAAACUCUUGCUGGCCAAGCGGGAGCUGGAGCUGAAGAAGCUGAAGCCGCAGGUCCGGGACCUGGAGGACUACAUCGACACGCUGCUGGUCCGCAUCAUGGAGCAGAAGCCUACGCUGCUGCAAGUGCGCGCAAAUUCAAAGUUCAAAUGAAGUAAAAAAAAAAAAAAAAAGUUCAAAAAAACAAGGGACUGGCCUUUUAGUUUGUGUUCACUGAAAACCUUCACAACAGCUCUUUAGUCUCACUGCUACGCUGUCCUUUUUGAUACAGAUAUUUAGGCACCGAGAGGUGUCAAGGUGAUGUUUUCCAGCUAGCAUGCUUCCCCAUUCUGAAACACAUCCUCAACAGCAGGUUUGUUUCCAGUGGUUCUGAAUGUAGCAAGUCCUCAGGUUGUCUUCAGGUUCAAAGAGCCAGGUGGAGGGUUCCAAACCCAGAUGCUUCCAAUUUAGCAUCCUGAUCUGAAUCAUUCUUUUCACAGCACCUAUCACCUCUGUCUCCGUGUCAGAGGUGCUUGAUUUUGUCCAGUUAACUACAAGCUGUCAGAUCAGUGCCAGGCAUUUUCAUGGCUCUCAGACCGAUCUCCUCGUUUAAAGGCAGAAGAUAUCUGUUCCCUCGUGUGCCUAGAAAUUGCUUGCAAAUUUCUUGAUGAUGUUUCUACACUUAUGUUGAAACUGGAAGGUAUUAUGUUUCUCAUACAGGACGCCAAAGAAUUAAGCAACUCUGACAUUUCAGACACAGGAAUCAGCAGCUUCUAUUUUUACUUUUUAGCUCAUAAAUCGACUGUUUAUCCAAACUUUCUAUAAAAGGUUGGGAUGCACUAAAAGGGAAUCCCCACCUUCAACUACCACACUGCACAGCAGUAAAUUGUAACUAACAGAUAAAGGCAGCAUAGUGUGGCAGUGAAUUCAACGUCCCUGCAAGUUGAGUCUUGACCAAGAAAUAUGUCAACUACAGGCAAGAAUGGAAGGAAAAGAAGGAAAUCAGCCUACGAUCUUCUCAGAUUCUGCGCUUUACAGAAGGAUUCAUGAGCCUUAGACCUUUGACACGUUACAGCUACAAACUCCAGAGUUUUUUAUGGGGACUGUAUGUGAUUGACCAACACAAAAUAGAGCAUGAUUUUGAGGUGAAAGGAAAAUUAUAUUUUAAAAAUCUGAAAAGUGUGGCAAGCAUUUCUAAAUCCAGUGCAACCAAUUGCCUUCAGAAAUCAUAAUUUGAUCUGGAUUUCAUUUGGGCCAUUCCAACAGAUGGAUGUGCUUUUAUCUAUACUGUUCCAUUGUAGCUCUGGCUGUUUGUUUAGGGUGUUUGUCCUUCUGGAAGGGGAACCUCCAACCCAGUCUCAAGGCUUUUGUUGCUGCCUCUGUCAGGAUUGUUCCAGAUUUAGCUCCAUCCAAAUGUACCCCCUCCCUUUUCCAUUGUUCCUGCUGAAGAAAAGCAUCCCCACAGCAUGAUGCUGCCACCACCAUAUUUCUCUUGACAUAAUGUGUUCAAGAUUAUGUGUAGUGUUAGUUUUCUGGCUCACAUUUCUGGCUCUCUGUUGGUCUGUCACAUUAAAUCACCCCUUUGAAGCUUGUAGUUGAAAUGUGACAAAAUGCGGGACCGUUCUAAGAGGGAACACUUUGCCAAGGCCCUGAAUGUUCAAGACAUUUUCAGAAUUCACAUUGAAUAAGUUCAUCAGCUUUGGUUCGUUUCUUUUAUAUGGCUUCCUCAGUUUUUCUUAAUGCUGUGUAACAUUCUGCAGACGUUCCUGGUUAGUGCUGAGGGCCAUGACUAGUUUUUUUUUUUUCUUACCGACUGCAAACCAAACGAGAGGGGUUUGCAUUUGACCCUUUCACAUGCACAUUACUGCGAACAGAUCUGAAUGUUCAAAAGUGUUCUUAAGCCAACAUGUGAAUAGUUUCAUUUCAACACAGGAUAAGUGCUGUUUAUCUUUAGAUCGCUUCUGCUAUAAGCUAACUGAUCCUCGGUGUUAUCAGGUGGAGACGGUUGGAAACCUCUUUCCCCACACGCGUGCGUUACUGACACAGACUGCAGCAUAUCAAGGUGAAUGCCUCUGACAUGCCGUUGCUUGACUUCCUGCUCUCAGUGUCUGUGUGGCACAUCCACUUCUGCCCCAGCAUGGGUAGUGCUGUCAGGUGUCACAAAGGGGCCGCAUUUUUUAGCACAUAUGCGUAUUAAAAUUCCAAAUGCUGCCUUAUUUUUUAUUAUUUUUAGGGGGGUUGUUUUCUUUGAUAUUCAUUAGUAUAGCACUUUGAUUUGAUUUUUUUUGGGGGGGUCGCUUUGGGCGGAUUUGAAAACAAAGCCAUCUGCUAGCUGAGAGCUAUUGUUUUUGAAUGUAUUAUUAUGCUUUAUAUUGUUUAGAUCACUGCACAUAAAAUCAAUUGUAUGCAUACAAAUAGGAAAUGAGUAAUAACAGUGAUUUACUGUGAAAUGCCAAAAAAGGAAACAAAAAAAAAUUAACACACAGCCUUGAAACUUAAUCUAUAGAGCUGAUUGAUACACCAUAAAGUAUUCUGAUAUGAUGCCACCUUAAACAGCAUUCGUGGAUGUUCUUGCACUACUUAAUUGUCAGAAGAAUAACUCUGCUGUACCUGUCUUUGUGAUAUCGGUAUAGUUAGAUCGACUUCACGCCAUAUUGCACUUUCUAAUCGCUCUGUGGUUAAGCACUAGGCCUUUUCUUCCACACCUUGAUGAUGAUUUGCCAGUGAGCUUCAAGCAUCAAACAUUAAAAAUAACACAUAUGUUGUCACAUCCAUUGAGCUGGGUGAUCGCAAUAUGAAGAGUGCAGAUGACUGUAGAAAUUCUCUUUCAUGUCUUCCAUUUGGCAAGGUUUUCAUUUACCGUUGAAUCGACUGUGUUUUGUCCUUGAGUGUGAAGCUGAUGGAAUGUGCUCAGUGGGGUAUGUAAGACUGGAACGUUUACAAUCCGUGAUGCAAUUCUGUUUCACAAAUUUUGUAUAUUUAAUAAAGAGUAUUUUGUGUUUCCUGCUCAA